AUGGUGGAGAAGCGCUGCCCGCUGCAGAGGGACGGCGUGUACCGCUGGUUCUCGGAGCUGCCGUCGCCGCAGCGCGUGGAGUUCCUGUGCGGCCUGCUGGACCUGUGCAUCCCGCUCGAGCUGCGCUUCCUGGGCUCGUGCCUCGAGGACCUGGCGCGCAAGGACUACCACUCGCUGCGGGACUCGGAGAUCAAGGCCAACAACCCGGCCGACCUGGGCAGCCUCACCAACCUGACGGACGAGGUGGUGCGCAGCAAGCUGCUGGUGUCGCUGGCGCUGCUGGGCUCGGAGCAGCGCGAGGCGGCGGGCGUGCUGUACCGCACGCUCACGCACAUCGACUCCAUCAUCCACAACUACGGGCUGCAGCUCAACGAGGGCCGCACGGGCGAUGAGUUCCUGCUGCUCUUCACCAUGGCCUCCAACCACCCGGCCUUCAGCUUCCACCAGAAGCAGGUGCUGCGCCAGGAGCUCACGCAGAUCCAGAGCAGCCUGAGCGGCGGCGGCGGCGGCGGCAAGAGCGCGCCCGCCUGCCCGGCCUGCCACAAGAUCACUCCAAGAACUGAGACCCCGGUGCACAGCGCCAGCAGCAGCCUGGAGAGCACGCUGCACACGCCCGCACAUUCCACUGACGAGCCGCUGCCCAAGAGGCCGCUGGGGAAGCACAGCAAAGUGAGUGUUGAGAAAGUGGAGCUGAAGGGAUUGUCACACACACAGAGUGACAGGACUGUGGACUGCUCCUUUGAGGUCUUGUGGUCUGAUUCUUCAGUAACAUCAGUAACCAAAUCUCCCUCUGAAGUGACUGACUUUAUUUCAAAGCUCUCUCAGCUCCACCCUGAGGAGAAUCUGGAGAGACUCAUUCCUUGCCUAGCUGCCCCAGAUCCAUUUUAUGCAGAGAGAAACCACAUGGACCUGGAAGCAGGCCUGAGGUACCUGGCUUCGUUACCGUCUCAUGUGUUAAAAAACGACCACGUGAAGAAGUUUUUCAGCACUACAUCUCCCAGCCCACAGCUUCAGAGUACAAGUCCCGGGAACCCCUCCCUUUCCAAAGUGGGUGCCAUGAUGGGCGUGUCUGGAAGACCCGUGUGCGGAGUGGCCGGCAUCCCGUCGUCUCAGAGCAGCGCCCAGCACCACCUGCAGCACGCGGCCAGCACAGCCACCGCCCUGCCCCACUGCUCUCACUCGGGGGCCCCCACGGGCUCGGCGCUGGCCUACCGGGCCCAGAUGGACGCCUCGCCCGCCGUCCUGAUGCCUUCCAGUCUGCAGGCCCCUCAGACCCAGGAGCAAAAUGGGAUUUUGGACUGGCUGAGGAAGCUGCGUUUGCACAAGUAUUACCCCGUCUUCAAGCAGCUCACCAUGGAGAAGUUCUUGAGCCUCACUGAAGAAGAUCUCAACAAAUUUGAGUCCCUCACCAUGGGCGCGAAGAAGAAACUCAAGACUCAGCUGGAGCUGGAAAAGGAGAAAUCGGAGAGACGGUGCCUGAAUCCCUCUGCCCCGACCUUGGUCACCAGCAGUGGGGUGGCCCGUGUGCCCCCCACCAGCCACGUGGGGCCCGUGCAGACGGGGCGCAGCGGCCACACGGCAGAGCUGCGGGUGGAAGUGGAACAGCCCCCCCACCAGAUGCCCCGGGAAGGCAGCUCCUCCGAGUACUCCAGCUCCUCCUCCAGCCCGAGGGGCGCGCAGGCCCGAGAAGAGAGCUCCGACAGCGCCGAGGAGAACGACAGACGUGUGGAGAUCCACUUGGAGGGGCCUGAGAAAGAGAAGCCAGUCACGCUGCUGAACCACUUCACGUCAGGCUCGGCCCGGCCCACGGCCCAGGUUCUGCCCGUGCAGAACGAGGCCAGCUCCAGCCCGUCAGGCCACCACCCUGUGCCCCCACAGAUGAUGGCCGCCGGCUCGCACCUGGCACCCCUCCGCAUGCUGAACUCCGGGCACAAGGCGGAGAGGGGGCCCUCGGACGUGAAGCUCCUCUCGUCUUCCGUGCACUCGCUCUUGUCUCUGGAAGAAAGGAGCAAAGGGUCUGGACCAAGAAGCAGCAUCAAAGUGGACAAGAGCUUCGGCAGCGCCAUGAUGGACGCGCUGCCCGCGGCCUCGCCCCAUCAGCCCGUGCAGGUCCUCUCCGGACUUGCGGAGAGCAGCUCCCUGUCACCCACGGUCUCCUUUGGUCCCCGGGCCAAGGUCGUGCAUGCAUCCACGCUGGACAGGGUGCUGAAGACAGCUCAGCAGCCGGCCCUGGCUGGGGAGAGCAGCACGGCCUCCGCGGGCACGCCGAGCACGGUCCUCCACGCGGCCCGGCCCCCCAUCAAGCUGCUGCUCUCCUCCUCGGGGCCUGCCGAGCCUGCCAUUUCCGGGCCAACAUCCUGUCCCAACACCGUGCAGAUCAGCGUGCCCCCCGCGGUGAUCAGCCCCCGGACUGCUCUCUACACCGCCAACACCAAAGUUGCCUUCCCUGCAGUGAGCAGCAUGCCCGUGGGCCCCCUGCAGGCCGGCUUCUGUGCCAGCAGCAACACUGCCUCCUCCAGCAGCCUCCCCUCCACGUCCUUCGCGAACGUGGCCGCGCUGCCCAGCUGCCCGGCCCCCAGCUCGAGUCCUGCACUUGCUUCCGUCCCCGAGAGCAGUUUCUACAGCAGCGGCGGCGGCGGCGGCGGCUCCACGGGGAACAUUGCUGCCUCGAGUCAGAGCCACCACCACCACCACCACCACCAGCAGCCGCCGGCGCCCCCGCAGCCCGCGCCGCCCCCGCCCGGCUGCAUGGUGUGCACGUCGUGCGGGUGCAGUGGCAGCUGCGGCUCCAGCGGCCUGACCGUCAGCUACGCCAGCUACUUCCAGCACCCGUUCUCGGGGCCGUCCGUGCUUACCUUCCCCUUCCUGCCCUUCAGCCCCAUGUGCAGCAGCGGCUACGUCAGCACCCAGCAGUACGGCGGCGGCUCCACCUUCCCCGUCGUGCACGCACCCUACAGCAGCAGCGUGGCCGCCGAGCCCGUCCUGGGCGGCCAGUCCUCCUUUGCCGUGCCGCCCAUGCAGAACUUCAUGGCUGGGCCGGCCGGGGUGUACCAAACCCAGGGGCUGGUGGGCGGCAGCAAUGGCUCCAGCCACAAAAAGAGCGGCAAUCUGUCUUGUUACAACUGCGGGGCCACCGGGCACCGCGCUCAGGACUGCAAGCAGCCGUCCAUGGACUUCAACCGGCAAGGUACUUUCAGGUUGAAAUAUGCGCCCCCCGCAGAAAGUCUGGACUCUACAGAUUGAUGUUGUUGUCCGGCGGCAGGAGGUGACCGAGCGGGGGAGACGCGAGGAGCGUGAAACCGGACUGCGAAGUCUCGUCGCUGUGGAGUUACUCUCUGAUCCAAAGGUGCUUUACUCUCCUAGACUGGUAGAGGCCGAGCGUAGACGUGCGUCCAGCUCGAUGUAUUGCCAAACCCUAGACCGGAGCUCGAUGCCGGGACUCGCCUAGCAGGCGUCUCCGUGGCCGGGGCCUCGGCCGCCCGCAGCCGUGGCUGCAGUGCGGAGGCCGCACGUCUCCCGAAGAGCACUGCUGUCCUUGGCCGCUGCGGCUCUCACAAAGUUCCAGGGCAGCUCUGUGCGCGCCGAAUCGAGGACUGCGGCUGGAGUUCCUCCGGCGGACGCUCGGACGCUCGGCACCCCCGGGGUAGGGAAACCGUCGGCUUUGUUUCGUUUCAUUUCGUUUCUUUCCUAAAGCGAUGAGGCACUAAUCUCUGGGAUUUUGAAGGAUUGCACUACGGAAGAAUGUACGCUCGCCGGCUCGAGCCCCUCCGAGGCCUGCGGGAGCCCGUGCCGAGUCCACGGCAGAUUCUAGUCUUUGCCCUCCGCCCAACACUUGUAGCAGUUCCAGGUUUCGAUUUUUUUCCUGCAAAUAAAUUUAGCUGUGUUACGAAGUAGAAGUAGUGGACGCACAACAGGCUGAUUGCUGAGGGUCCAAGUCCCCGGGAGUGCAGCCGUCGAGGCGCUCAUCCUGCCGCCUCCACCCGGGCAGCGCCUGUGGGGACGCCGGCCGCGUUGCACUUGAGACGGAGGUUUCAGGAGCUGCACGGCCCUGUAACUCGUGAGCAAGAGGUCUGACGUCUCCUCCUGUCGACUUCUCGUGCCAGGCUGGUGCUGUGCUGACGGUUCGUUCCGUUACAGUGACCUGGAGAGCUCAGUAGAGCGUGGCGAGAGAGAGCCUCCACCCAGAGCGCCAGGGCGCGCGGACUCUCCUGUGUGCAGGUUUGUCUUUUCAGGCAGGAAGUGAAAGUCCACUGUAGACCUCCGCGUUUCCACCCCCUGGAACGGAAGCAUUUGGGUCUGGAGUUCAGGGACUUGAACCUUCCACGCGAAAGGGAUUUUUCCACCCCACUAAUGUCACUUACAAUCAAUACUGAUGCCGAUGGGGUCAGGCUGUGCCGGGGAUCUUUGGAAAACCCAACUUGCAGACCCUUCUUAGAAUGGGACAAUCAGCCAGUGCAGGACCAGCGCCACCUCCGCUGGAGACUCCGCGGGGACCUGGGCAGGCAGGCGCGGGCUUCCAGGAGGCUUCCGGCCGAGUCCUGCCGUGCAGCUUUAGCUGACUGACCUAUGCAAUGCAGAGCGCGCGGCGCUCGCUCCUCUGUUCCUGUACAGUGUUACGGACCGGCGACGCGCGUUCCAGCGGCGGCCGAGGGACUGUCGCGUGGCUCUCUUCCUCCAAACACUACCCCGUGUCACAGCAGUGGGAGCUGACACGACUUUGCCUUAAGGAGCGCUCGGCUGGGGCUCACCUUCGCGGAGGACUUGGGCGCUCGCUCCGUUCCUGGGGGCCGUGGACAGUGGCCUGCGGAUGUGCUGAAAGCCAAACUUUUACAGUUUUUUUUGUUUUUUUAAAAAACUGUUUUAAAUGAAUCCUAUCUCACCACAGUGAAUUUGGGGACAAGUGUCUCCUAGCAAAGGUGGAAGUCCCGGGUCAGUGUCUGUCCAGUGCUCAGCCUGGUGAGUGGAAGCGUCUGCCGUUGCCCCACGGCCACUGUGUUUGCCGAACGCUGGAGGUGAGCCGUGCAGACGGCGCCAGAUCCACGUGGAGCGCGCGCCUCAGCAUGCAGCGAGGGCCCUGCGGCACCGCCGGGCUGUGUCUGCUCACCGAGGGCUUCGGAGGACUGGCCCUCGUCUCCCGAAGCGCAGCACACGAAGGCCCGGUGUGCGAGCUCGGCCCGGGGGCGCCAGCCUCGGACUUGGCCCAGGCGGCAGGCGGCUGGCGCGGUUGGGUCUGUCGUGUCUUAGCGUCUGGGCCCCGUUUUCUCCAUCUCUGAGACGGGCGAGAGGACGUGCAGCGUUGGGGUAGAAAGAACUAUUCAAACUUUCAGUCUGUUUUUUUUAAGCAAAAACUCGUUUUCUACCUUAUUUUCUAAUGUUUAUUUCAUGAUAAUAUCAAAAUUGGAAAGUAUUUAACAUUAAACUCCUGAUUGCUAAGAGCAGAGAUGGGAGCUAGCACUUAGAAUAGACUCACCAUUCACAACGCAUCUCUGCGUGGGUGUUCAGAAGGCCGCCCCGUCCCCUGCAGGCCACAGGGUCAGCUUGUUCAUACCGUAGUCAUAGGUUCUGUAUUUUCAUUCGUAUUUAGGACUCUAGGUCCAUCCUGUGAGCAGUCAGCGUAGUCGGUGCACUGCACCCGCCGUGCCGUGGCGCAGCGCGGAGGCAGGGACUCGCCGGAACGUCGGCCAGCUGCCCCGUGGCCUGUCCGAGCGCAGGCUCACCCCGGCCUCCACUCUCCGAAGGGGACCUGGGCUCUUGGCCUCCGAGCUCCCUGCUCUUCCUGGGGUUUUGUUUGAGGCCUCGCUAGUUUCCAUCCUGAAAGCCGAAGGCGUUCACAGGCUGCUGGGGAAACCCCCUGCGUGGCUCAGCCCCGUCCCCGAGGAGGGGCCCGGGCCCUGGGCAGGGCGGGCUGUCCUUCCACAGCCAGGGCUUGUGGAGAGGGCGGAACCGUGCCAGGUCCCAGGGGUCUGAAUGGAAGUGAGCGUCGCUAACCCAAACUCGCAAUACUCUAGAAAACCAUAUACUGUGCUGGCGGAGGCCAAAGCUUCAGGUUCCUGCACCGUCACCCGAGGGCAGAGCGGCCCCCGCCCAGCGCCAGCCUCGCCCUCCCCUCGUCACGUGUGUCAGUGCUUCCGGGCGUGCAGAGAAAGGCGCUGGCAAAGACUGAAACCUUCCCAGCCUCUGCUGGACAGAUUUUCUUUUUAGGAAUGAAGGAAAAUUCUCAUUUUGAGCCAUUCUUUUGUCAAUUCUACAAAAUUGCAUGUAACUUUAUAAAUAUUUUUAAAAGAUAUAGUUUUGUAAAUAUUUAAUAUUCCGCUAAUUUGAUUUUGAAUUGUAAAUGUCAAGUAUUCUGUUUUUGGGGUUUUUAUGUUUUAUUAUACUUUGUUAAAAAGAAAAAAAAUUGUACAUUUUUAGAAUGUUUUUAUGAGUAAAUUUAAUGUACUGAAAAUAAAAAUUUUAAAAAAGGA